UCUAAAAGUUGUGGUGGGAGGGGAGAGGGUCUGCUGUCUGAUCCUUUGUCAUGUGGAGACGGUACUCAGAUACCUCAAACGGAGAGAGAGAAGGUUUCAGCUGCAAAAGGACACGCAAAUAGAAAAAGAUUUCGGGGCUCAACUUUGUGAAUUGGACAGAAAUGAAAGGAGAACCGCUCCAAGGAGACAAAGUUGAACUGCUUCAGCACAUCUGUAUUUCAAGCAUGUGGCGCCCCGUGGACUCCUGCGUCCUCCGAGUGAAUCAACGGAGGUCAGCGUGAUGAACGGCAUGCUUCCUCAGAGGAGAGCUGUGGCCACACCGGGCUACAGCUCAGAUUGCGUGAAGGUCGAGCACAGCAGCGGUGGCUCGGCCGGUGGGUCCCUGCUGAGGGGCUCUCGCUCCAAGGCGGAGCUACAGGACCUGAUGGAGACGCUGCAGCGCAGGAAGAGUGCCCUGGAAGCCAGUUUGAGGGCGGCCGAGGGCAGCCGCAAGUACCUCGGCGUGCCUUCGCCUGCCGGGUCGCAGUCCAGCAGGCCUCUCUCCGUCGCCGGCCACGCUGAGCGGCCGCCGCCGGCCGCCAGGACUCCGUCCUACGCGGCCAGCAGCAGCGUGCCUCCCUCCCCUCGCCAAGGGGAACGCCAGCUGAGCCCCGGCGGCCUGCCUCGUCACUCCCACUCUCGCCACCUGUCGCAGGACAGUCUGCUCCUCUCCAUCGCGGCAGACGGGGGCUCCCUGUUCCCCUCAUGUGGGCAGACCCUCGCUCGCUCUCCCAGGGUCAAAACCGGAGCGGCCAGCGUGCCGUCCAGCCCUCGCAUGAGCCGCAGGCCUUACUCGCAGUGCAAGGCCGCGGGGGACUCCCGGCAGAGGAAGUACUCGACGGGCUCCCUCAGCAGCCUGGGGACGCACAGUCGCUCUCUGCCGCGGCUCCACAACGCCGCAGAGCCCCCGGCGCUGUCGCUGCUGUCGCGGCACUCGGCGGGCCCCCACAGAGGCUCGGCGGGGCAGCGACGCAGUCUCUCCUCCCUGGAGCAGCCGCCAGAUGUGACGGUACCAGCCGGCAUGCCAGGCACUGCCAGGAGGGCCAGCCUGGCCUCCCUGAGCUCUCUGGGUGCGGAGGCGGACGGGACGGGCUUCGAUGGGGGCUUCGAGCAGAGGCGGUUGUCUUUUGGGAAGGGCGGACUGGGUCCAGGGCAACGGGUGAGCAGCAUCAGCUCUUUGAAUGGCAAAGAGGAGCUGAGAGACUAUCACCAGCACCAGAGAGACGAACGACUCAGGGAGCAGAAAGUGCAGAGAUUGGAGUGCCACCGUCUGGAGACCAUCUUGAGCCUGUGCACCGAGUUUGGCCACGUGGAGAAAGAGCCGGCGGCGGGCUCCGCCGUCUGUGACCUGCAGAAGAUCAACAAGGAGCUGGAGAAGCUGCACUUGUCAGACGACGAGUCGGUGUUCUCCGACUCUCCCGGCCGCGGCGCUCCGGAGAGCUGCUUCGCGGCCAAAGCCCGAGACUUCCAACUCGCUGAGGAGCAGCAGGUCAGCCAGCGUCAGCAGGGCGCCUACAGAGAGGCCAGGUGCCACUCGCCCGCCAUCAGCCUCAACAGCAGUGCCGCCUCACCGUCCAGCCACCACAGAGCCAAAGUUCUGGAGAGCGUGCAGCUGAAACAGGAAGUAACGCAUAUAGAAGAAGAGAGGAUUCAAGUUGUGAACAACAUAGAGGAGUUGGAGCAGAAGAUCAAAGACCUGGACAACCAGAUGGAGGAGUCUGUCCGAGAGAUGCAGGUGGAGUGUGCUCUGCUGGAGGGCGAACAGGAGUCGGAGAUGACCCAGCUGCAGAGGGAAAAGGAGCUUCUGGACCAACUCAAUAAAAAGAUACACAGUAUCCAGAAGACGAGCCCCCCUGAGAAAACUCAGGACACUGAGGAGCAGACUAAAAGUUUGGAGGAUUUGGAGUUUCAGAAGCUGGAGAGAGAAAUGAAUCAAGACGAAGAAAAAGAGAGUCAAUGCCAAGAGCUGCUGCGAGAGAUCGCCGAGGGUCAGCGCAUUGCAGUCACACGCAAGGAAAGAAUCAUGGCGCUGAAGAAGCAGUCCUCACAGAUUGCUUCCCAGACUCAACAAGAAAGAGAGAACUUCCAGAGAGAGAAAAACAAUUUGCUCGUCAUGCUGCAGAAGGAAAGAGAGAAGCUGGCGUCUCUGGAAGGAAAGUAUGCAGAGUUGUCUGAGGGGCAGUCCUUCACUCACCACCCUGUAGCCAUGAAAGAGCACUCUCUGAAGGAAAGGAGACGAAGCAACAAAGAAAACUCUUGUCACCCGAGUGACAGCCUUCCUUAUAAGAGGAGCCAGCAGCUCCUCACCUCUUAUGGCAGAUCCCUGGGACGCACGCUUCCUCCCAAGGCCCACAUGCCUCUCUCCCAAAGCUCCAGCUGUGGCAGCGUCAUCCCACAAGGCUUCAGCUUCUCCCCCCGGGACCCGAGCCUCCGCCGCCCGACCAAGAGCAACGGCCACGCACACCUGAGUGAAGACCGACAGAGAAGAAGCGACUUCUUCAGCCGGAUGAUCUCCGAGCCCGGCGGGUUCUUGGACUCCUUCACCUACCCGGACCACAGCCAGGCCUCCGACACCGUCAGCGUGGACAGCUCCGACAGCCUGGAGACCAGCUACUCCGCCUGCUCGCCGGACAACAUCUCCAGCGCCAGUACGUCCAAUGUGGCAAAGAUCGAGGAGAUGGAACGUUUACUCCGAGAGGCCCACGCCGAGAGGCAGAGACUCCUCGAGCAUCGGGAGCGUGAGAUGGAGAUGCGCCGGCACGCUCUGGAGGAGGAGCGGCAAAGACGCGAGGAACUGGAGAAACGACUGCAGGAGGAGACAAGCAGGAGACAGAAACUGGUGGAGAGAGAAGUGAAGCUCAGGGAGAAACAAAGAUCUCAGUCACGGCUGUUGACUCGCUACCUCCCCGUAAGGAAAGAUGACUUCGACCUUCACGGCCACAUAGAGGCGGCCGGACACAGCCCCGACGCCUGCUUCCAUCUGGCCAUCACUGAUAAAACCUGUCGAGGCUUCCUGGUCAAAAUGGGAGGCAAGAUCAAGACCUGGAAGAAGCGCUGGUUCGUCUUCGACCAGAAUCGCAGGACGCUGACUUACUAUGCAGACAAACAUGAAACCAAGGUGAAAGGAGUCAUCUACUUCCAAGCUAUAGAGGAGGUUUACUACGACCAUUUGAAGAAUGCACACAAAAGCCCCAACCCCUCGCUGACCUUCAGCGUGAAGACCCACGAUCGGGUGUACUACAUGGUGGCUCCGUCCUCUGAGGCCAUGCGUAUCUGGAUGGACGUCAUGGUAACGGGCGCCGAAGGACACAUGCAUUUCAUGGUGUGACCGGAUCCCAACCGAUCAGGGUCCACACCCUCGCGCUGACAUCAUCAGGUCACCAAAAAAUGAACUUCUGCUCAGACUAGUAGUAUUUUUAGUCUACGACUGAUGCUCAAAGGCACACUUUACAAUGUGAUCAUUUAUGAAACAAGUGAUAAAAAGGGUUCCAGAUGACAUGUCCCACUUCGUCCCUCCUCUCUACUUCUCAUUGGACGUCCGACUGCAUCUUUGGGUCACAGAGCUUCUUUUCGGGAGGCAAGAACAUCCCAUUUUUAUUUGUGUUUGCAAACAUUCCCAAUACUUUCCCAUAUGUCUUCUAUUAUUUCUAUGUUGACAUUAUUUUACGUAUUAUUUUACAAUUUUAACUCAAGCAAUUUCAUGCUGCCGGACUACAGGCAUUUGUUGGUCCUGUCUGCCUUUUUUAAAGCAGGAAUACAUGUACACCAUUUAUAUUACUUCAAACCACAAAUAUAUAUUUGUGGAACUUUAAUUCAAGUAAGUCCUAAUUUAGGCUUUUCUUCACAUAUGCAAACUUUAAUCAUGUGCAGAGAUAAUGGCGGUCAUUUUUCGGUCUUCUUCUGAAUUGUUAGUUACUUGGAUAUAUUCUAUUCUAUAAAUGUUAUCAAUCGGCCUAAUUCCUAAUGGUACUGUGUGUCAUGCCGCAGGCCGGAUUGGAUGAGGCCCUGCUGUGCAGCAGUGACGCAGUCCGUACUGCAUCGCCCUCAUGUCACUCCUCAGCGUGUUGUUUAUUCACCAGCAGAGGUCCUCAGUGCAAAGUUAUUGCAGUGAAAUGACGUAAUGUGCUGGUAGUAGGUCAAUCAAUGACCCAUGUUAUGCUUAUAUAUCAAAUAAACAAUAAAUCACAGAUAUCAACAAAUCAAUAUCAAAAUAAUAUCUGCCUAAUGGAAGCAACACAGAAAUCCCUUUAGAGCCCGUUUUGGAUGUUUUGUAAAAAUCCAUAUGUUUGAUCUGUGUCUUAGUCUGACUGUAUGUGAUGAUGAAAGGUCAAGUGAGCAGCUGUUCACAGACUGCAGAUGUUACAGAUGAGUUGUUGCGUCUCUUGGAUGCUUCUAAGUGAAUGGAGGUCAUGUUAACAUCUCGGCUUUAAAACCAAACCAAUUACUGCAUUUACAUAUAUGUUUAAAGCAUUAUAUAUAUAGAUAAUAGCAACCUCAAAAUCCAUGCUACUUUUUUUUUAAAUAAUGACUUUUGUCAUGUUUCAAUAUGAAUAAAUAAUCUUGAGUAUGGAUCAUAUUAGUGAUUUGGUGUUUUUGAGUCAUGAAAGAGGUUUUACUUUGUACAUUAAGUAGCAUAUCUUUAUUUUUACACUGUUUGAAUGUAUUGUCAUGGUAAUCAGAAGCCUAAUUAUAGCCUAUUUUAAACAUUUUACAAUUUCCUGUACCUUGUAUUAGCCGUGAUUAGAGCCGAUUUGUUUAAUAAUAUGUGGCAAUGUUCCAUGCAGCUACCUCUUCUUCUGAAAAAGGUCUCAGAUGCUUUGGAAAUGUAAAACUAGUUGCAGUGUUGCGCAGCCUUUUGUCAAAACAUUUCAAUACAUUAAAUACUCGUUUAACUUUUAUAUC